AUGUUGUCCACACACCACUCCUGCAGCAGCUGUCACCACCACCGCCCCUCCUCAGAGCUGUUUACACCCACCGCCCUCCUCAGCAGCUGCACCACCACCAGCCUCCUCAGCAGCUGUCACCACCACCGCCCCUCCCUGCAGCAGCUGUUACAACACCGCCUCCUGCAGCAGCUGUCCCACCACCGCCUCCCUGCAGCAGCUGUUACCACCGACCGCCCUCCUGCAGGCAGCUGUCACCAACCACCGCCCCUCUGCAAGCGCUGUUACCACACCGCCCCUCUGCAGCAGCUGUGCACACCACCGCUCCUGCCCUCAGCAGCUGGUCACCACCACCGCCGCUUCCUGCAGCAGCUGUUACACACGGCCCCUCCUUGCAGCAGCUUGUCACACGCACCGCCCCUCCUGCAGCAGCUGAGCUGUUACCACCACGCCCCUCCUGCAGCAGCUGUCCAACCACACCGCCUCCCUGCAGCAGCUUGUAACGCAACACCGGCCCUCCUGCAGCAGCUGUCACCACCACGCCUCCUCAGCAGCUUGUUACCACAACCGCCCCUCCUGCAGCAGCUGUCACGCACCACCGCCCUCCUGCAGCAGCUGGUCACACCACUGCCCUCCUCAGCAGCUGUUUCCACCUACCGCCCCUCCUGCAGCAGCUGUCACCACCCACCGCCCCUCCCCUGCCGAGCUGUCACGCACACUGCUCCUGCAGCAGCUGUCACCACCACCACCGCCCCUCCUGCCAGCAGCUGUUACACACUGCCCCUCCGCAGCAGCUGUUACCACCCAUGCCCCUCCUGCAGCCAGCUGGUCACCACCACUGCCCUCCUGCAGCAGCUGUCACACCAACCGCCCCUCACUGCAGGCAGCUGUCACACCACUGCCCCUCCUGCCAGCAGCUCAGCUGUCACCAAACACCGCCCCUCCUGGCAGCAGCUGUACCACCACGCGCCCUACUGCAGCAGCUUGUCACCACCACCGCCCCUCCUGCAGCAGCUGUCACCAACCACCGCCCUCCUGCAGCAGCUGUCACACACCAUGCCCUCCUGCAGCAGCUGUUCACCACCACACUGCCCCUCCUGCAGCAGCUCAGCUGUCACCACCACCGCCCCUCCUGCAGGCAGCCUGUCCACACCCACCGCCCCUCCUGCAGCAGCUGUCACCCACACACCGCCCUCUGCAGCGCUGUUAGCCACCAACUGCCCUCCUGAGCAGCCUGUCACACCACCGCCUCCUGCAGCAGCCUGUAUUGUACCACACCGCCCCCUCCUGCAGCAGCUGGUCACCCACACCGCCCCUCCUGCGCAGGCUGUCAACACCACCGCCCCUCCUGCAGCAGCCUGUCCACCUACCACCGCCCCCCUCCUGCAGCAGCUGUCCACGACACCGCCUCUGCAGCAGCUGGUCACCAACACCGCCCUACCUGCAGCAGCUGUUACCAACCCACCGGCCCCUCCCUGCAGCAGCUGUCACACCACCGCCCUCUGCAGCAGCUGUAACACCACGCUCCUGCAGCAGCUGUUCACUACCACCCGCCCUCUGCAGCAAGCUCAGCUGUCACCACCACAUGCCCUACCUGCAGCAGCUGUCACCACCACCCCCCUCUGCCGCAGCUGUCACCACCACCGCCCCUCCUGCAGCAGCUGUCCACACCGACCGGCCCCUCCUGCAGCAGCUGUCACCACACCGCCCCUGCAGCAGCUGUUACACCACGCCUUCCUGCAGCAGCUGUCACCACCACCGCCCUCCGUGCAGCAGCUGUUUACCACCACCGCCCUUCCUGCAGCAGCAGUCACCCCUACGCGCCCCUCCUGCAGCAGCUGUCCACCACCACCGCCCCUUGCAGGGCAGCUGUCCACCACUGCCCCUCCUGCAGCAAAGCUCCAGUGUCACUCACCGACCGCCUCCUGCAGGCCGCCUGUUCACCAACCGCCCCUCCUGCUAGCAGCUGUCACCACCACGCCCUCCUGCAGCAGGCUGUCACCAACCACCGCCCCUCCUGCAGCAAGCUGUCACCACACCGCCCUCCUGCAGCAGCUGUCACUUACACCGCCCUCUCCUGCAGCAGCUGUCACCACCAACCGCCCUACUCCUGCAGCAGCUGUUACCACCGACGCCCCGUCCUUGCAGGCGAUGUCACACCCACCGCCCCUCCUGCAGAGCUGUCCACCACCACCGCCCCUCCUGCAGAGCUGUCCCACCCCGCCGCUCCUGCAAGCAUGCCUGUCCACCACCGCCCCCCCUGCACAGCUGUUACCACCAAACCCGCCUCCUGGCAGCAGCUGUCACACCACCGCCCCUCCUGCAGCUAGCUGUCACCACCACCGCCCUCCUGCAGCAGCUGUCCCACCACCACCGCCCCCUCACUGCAGCAGCUGCACCACCGCCGCCCUCUGCAGCGCUGUCACCACCCCCACUGGCCCUCCUGCAGCCAAGCUGUUACGCACCACGCGUCCUCCUGCAGCAGCUGUCACCACCCCACGGCCCCUUCCUGCCCAGCAGCUGUCACCACCACCGCCCCUCCUGCAGCAGCUGUUACCCACCACACCGCCCUCCUGCAGGCAGCUGUCCAACCACCGCCCCUCCUGCAGGCAGCUUGUUACCACCACCGCCCUCCUGCAGCAGCUGUCAACACCACCGCCCUCCUGCAGCAGCUGUUACCACCACCGCCCUUCCUUGCAGCAGCUUCACCACCACGCUCCUCCUGCAGCAGCUGUCCCCACACCCACGCGCCCUCCUGCAGCAGCUGCUUAUCACCACCGCCUCCUGCAGCAGCUGUCACCACCACCGCCGCCUCCGCAGCAGCUGUCACCACCCACCAAGCCCCCUCCUGCAGCAGCUGUCACCACCACCACUGCCCCUCUGCAGCAGCUGUUACCACACCGGCCCUACCUGCCACUGUUACCACACCGGCCCCCUCUGCAAGCAGCUGUCACCGACACCGCCCUCCUGCAGCAGGCUGUAAACCACCACCGCCGCCUCCUGCAGCAGCUGUCACACCACGCCCCUCCCUGCAGCAGCUGUUACCACCACCCCCCUCCUGCAGCAGCUGUCACCACACCCGCCCCUCUGCAGCAGCUGUCACCAACCACGCCCUUCCUGCAGCAGCUGUUACACCACCGCCCUCCUGCAGCAGCUGGUCACACCACCGUCCUCCGCUCCUGCAAGCAGCUGUCACCACCACCGCCCCUCCUGCAGCAGCUGUUACCACCACCCACCGCCCCUCCUGCAGCAGCUGUCACCACACUCGCCCCUACCUGCAGCAGCCUGUUCCACCACGCCGCCCCUCCUGCAGCAGCUGCCCCCACCACCCGCCCCUCUGCAGCAGCUGUUUACCACACCGCCCUGCCUGCAGAAGCUGUCACCAACCACCAGCUCCUCCUGCCGCAGCUGUCACCACCACGCCCUCUCCUGCAGCAGCUUGUUCCCACCACCGCCCCUCCUGCAGCAAGCUGGUACCACCACCCGCCCCCUCCUGAGCAGCCUGUCACACACCGCCCCUCACUGCAGCAGCUGUCACCCCACCAUGCCCCUCCUGCAGCAAGCUUUUACCACCACCGCCCUCCUGCGCAGCUUUCCCACCCGCCCCUUCUCAGCAGCUGUAACCACCACGCCCCGCUCCUGCACGAGCUCAGCUGUUACAACCACCGCCCCUCCUGCAGCAAGCUGUCACCACCACCGCCCUCCUGCAGGCAGCUGUCACCACCACUGCCCCUCCUGCAGCAGCUUGUCCACACCACCGCCCUCCUGCACGCAGCUGUCACCACCACCGCCCCUCAUGCAGCAGCUGUCACACCACGCCCUCCUGCAGCCGCUGCACCACCACCGACUUCCUGCAGCAGCUGUCACACCACCGCCCUCUGCAGCAGCUGUUACCACACCGCCCCUCCUGCAGCAGCCUGGUCCCAACCACCACCGCCCCUCCUGCCAGCAGCUGUCCACCACCACCCCGCCCUCCUGCAGCGCUGUCCACACCACCGCCUCUGCAAGCAGCUGUCACCACCACCGCCCCUCUUGCAGCAGCUGUCCCCACCACCACUGCCCCUCCUGCAGCAGCUUGUCACCACCACGCCCUCCUGCAGCAAAGCUGUCCCCACCCCCGCCCUCCUGGCAGCAGCUGUCACCACCAACCGCCCCUCCUGCAAGCAGCUUUCACCACCACCGCCCCUCCUGCAGCAGCCUGUUACCACCAACCCCCCCUCCUGCCGAGCAGCUGUUACCGACCACGCCCCUUCCCUGCAGCAGCU